GAAGGCGGUAUAUUUCAACGUGCAUCUUUCAUUAGGUCUAGGUCACCGGUCAGAAGGUACACAGUUGUUGCGUUUUCUUAAAAUGACAUGAAGUACAUUUGAGCUUAGCUGGAUGCAGACAAACAAAAAAGUUGUGGAAGAUCAUUUCGAAAAAGGGAAUAAAUUGAGAGAAUUCGUAGAGAAUUGGCUGGUAGCACACCCUGAUCAACUGACUUUGCUCAACGUAAAAUUUUGCCAGUACACGUAGCCGUUUCAUGGUGUGACUGGAGAAAACGUGUAGGAAAGAGGUUACUGUGCAGAUUGUUGUUAAGGCUACCACCAUGGACCACUGGAUGAGAAACAAAUGGAUUGAGAAAGUCUUGAGUAAAUUUGACCGGAAUGCUGUGACGCCGAUCUCAGACGACCAGGAACCGCUGGCCUGCCAGGUGCUAAAUAUCAAGGUUCUGGACAAAGUUGUUGGCAGUAUCGGCGGUGUGGCAGAAGUACAUGACUGCGAACUCUACAUCAAGGCACUGUUCAGCGUGGAUGCUAUCAGAAGAUUUGAAGAGAGGGAGGAAUCAACAUCAUGCGCUGAGUUUGUGGAGCUGAGGAACAGUCUGCUGGAUCUAACCAGGUAUCACAUCAUGGUGGAUGUGCAGCAGCAAAUUGAGAAGUCGGACAUUGCCAUCUGUGUGGAGGACUUUGCUAUGACUGUUUACAAAGCCUUGCCUGGCACAUGGCGGACCCCUCUCCAGCCGGCAAUCCAUCAUCCCACUGUGGCCCAUGACCUGCGACGCAUGUGGAGAGCCAAAUAUGCACCAGAUGAACCUGACACCUGUCAAUCACAAGACCAGUCCCAGGACAGCCCGGAUAAGUGCACCCUCUCUGUCCUCCUGGAGGCCAUGGAGAACACCUCCCAGCAGGCCUCAGAGCUUUCAGAGGCCGAACAGGACCAACCCAUUGAGGGCCCAACCGGCACCCUCAAGAGCCCAGAGGAGAGCGAAGAGACCUGUGCUUCAAGGGUUGCCUUCGAGCUGGGCUCGGCAGGAUGCGAUGAGUCUGGCCAAGGCACUGUGGAGGCCCUAGAGAAGGCCGUGAAGGAGGUGGAGACCAAGCUUAUUGUUGCCAAGAACUUCCCUGAGCUGGCCGAGAGGAUUCCAGAAUACCUGAGAGAUGCGCAGGGUUUCUCUGUCGAAGACCUCCCUCAAGAUGAGGAACUGGACCUCUCACGCUCUGAACUGCUAGAAUGCUGGAUCUCUGAAGAAGCAUUGGAGAAACUUUGUGGCAUAGAAGAAUGGAAACCUGACUACAUACCCCCAUCCUCUCUGCCAGUUGUGAGCAGCUCAUCCAGUGAGGUCAUCAGUUUUUUGACAGAACCUUCUGCUGACAAUCAAGCUGAGAAGAUGCCCAAGGAUAGGCUAGAGGAUCCAUCACAGGAUGGUGUCACUCAGUGUGGAUCUAAACGGAAGCUGUCCUCUUGGCAGAUUGGGGAAAGUCCCCACAAGGCUGCCAAGAACUCUGUUUCUGGCCAGGGUGGCGUUGUUUGUGCUGGUGAUGUGGAUUGCGAAGCUGGUGCAGAUCUAGGUGAAUCCUCUGAGAUGGUCCUCGACAUAGAUGAUCCUGACCGGGAGGUUGUGACGGAACCCUCAGAUAAGCAGACAGAUGCAGAAGCCGCCUCCAAGGAGGGUAGAGCAGACAGAAGAAUUUCUUGCAACUGUGAGAGCUCCCCUGAGGAGGAGGGGUUGACCGCUCUCUGUCAGUGCCUCACGCCAUUGGAGGAGGCAUUAGGCGAGACAGAGAAUCAGGUAAAUCAGCAAGAUGAGUCCCUUGUAAGCAACACAGACUCCACUGACACCUCCUUGGUGGUUUCUUGCGAGAUGCCCAGUCAGAGUGUCAACAGUGACCCAGACAAAGAUCAGGAGGACUUGGUCAUCUUCCACAAGCUGUUGAAUGUCAGCAGCGAAGCAGAGUCACUGCUUGGAGUAAAUGAUAUGCCAGUAACUGUAGAUUCCUCUAUGUCUCCAGCACAGACUGGCAGAAAUGAAACUCUCCAAUGUUCUGGGGAGCGUCCCGUGACAACGUCCUGUACGUCAGAUACCAACUCCAAAGACGCUGCAGAACAUGUUGAGCCGUCGAACACCAUCGAUGAACCAGAGGCAGCCGGCCAAAUGGCAGAUACCAGUGCUGAGGUUUUGUUGGUUGAUGCUGAAAUACUGAAUGUUGAACACGUGUCUAACUCUUCCGGCCAAAGAGAUGUUGAUACAUCACCAUUGCCUGCUGCACUCAAGCAAAGAGCUAAUUCUACCCCGUCCAAAACUGUCUCUGAACAGGUUACAGAUGACCCCGCCAAACCUCAACAAGUUCCGGACAAAUGUAAGGAAGCUUCCAACACUGGUCCCUCUUGCUUGCCUUCCACUACCAGAACUGUCCAAACCAAUUGGUCCGUCAACGUGAUACCGCUUAAAAAGACAGUAUCCAGCACUGCUAGUCAAAAGGCAACCAGUGAAUCCAGGGAUGAGAGGCCAGGUCACCGUCCCAUAACCCAGUUACGGUCUCCAGUCAUCUUGCCAUCCAUCUCAACCCCUGUCCACUCGCUCACGUCCCACCAACCCCGCAGGACUCAACAAAGUGAAACUGCAUCCUCCUUGAAUACUAAUGAGGGUUUAACUGGUACACGUAGAUGUACCUCCAGAGAUGGUGAAGUUGACCCUGCAUGUACCAGACAGCUCAGUGAACAAGUGGAAGAUUAUGUUCUGGAAUGGUGUGCAUCAUAUUUCCAACGCUUGAACAGGAAGCACUGAAGUCAGCCAGCUCUCGGGAGGCCCCACCGGGAGGUGCUCGCUCUCUGAUGUUGCACUCAGUGGCAUUUUGAGAAACUUUGGAAAGGCCCGGUGUUGAACCUAGUGAUGCAUUCCUUCAAGUUGACCACUGUGUUACAUUCAACUUGCUUUGUGCACUUUGAAUGUAUGUCACAACCCUUACACUUAAACUUCCUGGAAUUUGUGAUAUUGAAGAAUUUGGAAGCAUUAGCCACUGUACA